GUCGUAGUUCUCUUAUGCGCGUAUUUUUUUUUUGUGUACGCCCGUUGCCCACACAUGCCAGUAUUAUGUAUGUAUGUAUGUACAUAUUUGGAUGCGACACUAUGCACAUACAUAGUAGGCGAAAGCAUGAGAUGGUACAAAUCGCCCGAGAGAGACGUAAGAGAACGGCGGGUACCCGCUUCUGAGCGCAUGCAACAGUCACUUUAUGGUAGGCGGGACUCCCGAGGCCGGAAGAGUUCUAUACGGCUACAUCGCCGCGAGGUGAGCUAGCAUCAUACAUAUUGCAUAGGUAGGUAUAUAUGC